AUGAUAAUUUUUGUUUAUCAGAAUCAACCCGACCUUCCAGUUCUAGUCACCUGUUAUUCGGUCAUUAUUUUUACAGUUGAUGAUAAGGAUUUGUGGAUUCUUUCGUUUGUUGCUUUGUCGUAUCUUUUAUUAUUGCUCUCUGUAACAUUAAAUUUUUUAUUUUAUGUAACAUCAUACUCAAAACAGACAGUUGUUAUAUCAAGAUCAGCAAAGAAUAUGCAAAAUAUGUUUAUUUUCAGCCUUACAAUUCAGAUUACCUUGCAGACAGUAAUUCAUACAAUCAUGAUACUGGUUCCCAGUUUUUUCUUUGUUUAUACACUAUUUUUCUAUUUCAACUCUGAUGUACUUGGAAUGUUACUCAUUAUGUCUGUUGCUUGCCAUGGAUUUUUCUCGACUGUUGCGAUGAUUAUGUUCACAAAACCGAUUAGAAAACGGUUUCUCCAAGUCUCCCACAUUUGA